GGGAUAUCCAUUUGUGAGAAGAAGAUCACCAGCCGUGGAUCAAAAAUUAAAAUAGAAUGGACAUGCAUCAAUCACCAUAUGGGAGUGUGGGAGUCCUGUCCUGAUGUCCGUGGAAUACCUGAGAACAACCUGGUAUCCUCAGCAGCCAUUAUUUUCACAGGAACAACACAGAAUGAAAUUGAAGAGUGGGCUGAUCUUCUAAACUUACAACUGCCAAAGAAAACAUCAUACUAUUCACUGCAGUCCACCUAUAUGAUACCUGUUAUUCAAGAAGCCUACACCGAGAUGCAAGAGGAGAUUUUGUCAGAACUCAGGGAAACUGAAGCUGCUGGUGGACACACAGAUAUCUGUGGUGAUGCAAGAUCUGAUUCCCCGGGUUACAGUGCCAAGUACACCUGUUACAGCUUUAUGGAAGAUGCAACAAAGAAAGUCAUCAUGUCAGAUCUAAUUCAGGUAACUGAGGCUACCAGUUCAACAGCAAUGGAGCCUGUUGGUUUCCGGAGGGGCCUGGAUCGUCUGCUGGACUCCGGCGUUGGUGUUAACGUGGUAACUACUGACCGGGCUCCAUCAAUACGGAAGAUCAUGAGGGAGUCCUAUCCUGAGCUUAGGCAUCAAUUUGACCCAUGGCAUGUUGCAAAAGGUAUAAAGAAGAAGGCAACUGCAUUGGCAAGGAAGAAAGAAAACCGGGACCUGCAGCCAUGGAUCAAGUCUCUGGGCAAUCACUUCUGGUGGUCGUGCAGUUCUUGUGGUGGCGAUGAGAAGGUGAUGCUCAUAGACAUGUUGUUAUGCAUAACGCAGUACUGUUUUUUCUUCAAUACAACUAGUUCUUUUCAUUCAUGAAUUUGCCAAGCUGUUUCAUAGUGAUGUUAUGCCUUGUAAAAGCCAACACGGCUCCAAAACAGAAAAGGAACACCACAACAAUGCAAUGUAACUUCAAGUUACUUACACUUCUGUGAUACCAGCCUGUCCAGUUCUGAAGCAACGCUCAUUGUGAAUCCAUUUUUCCUACUCUUGUAAAAAUUUCGCAAGCAAUGAUUAGAAAUUAGAGAUAAAAACGAAACCCUUAGAAGCUGAUGAUGAUCUAUACACGUUGAACAUUUGUUUCACACAAAAGCAUGUUCAGAUAUGAAUACUCUGUGUCUAAAAUGUACCUGAGAAAAUUGCUAAGCAGUGUCUAAUUGUCCUCAAA